UCAUAUUUUUGGGAUAGAUUUAUAUAAUUUGAUGGCGACUCGGAGAGUGCUUGCUGCAGCAAUCACAGCGUUGCUUCUGUUAGAGCUCGGCUCGGCCUGCUCUAAUGGAGCUUGCAAGGUUGGAGAUGAUUGUUCGUCGGGCUCAGAUUGUGGGCCGGGCCUUUAUUGCCUUUCUUGUGAAGUAGAAGGCUCCAAAUGUGUGAGAACAACCGCCACCAAUCAGUUCAGCCUACUCAACAAUUCACUACCAUUCAACAAAUACGCUUUCUUGACAACCCACAACGCUUUUGCAAUCGAAGAUGGACAACCAAGGCUUACCUUCACAAACCAGGAAGACAACAUCACUCAACAACUCAAUAACGGCGUCCGCGCUCUGAUGCUCGAUACCUACGACUUCGAGGGAGACAUAUGGCUCUGCCAUUCCUUCGGAGGCCAAUGCUACGACUACACUAAAUUUGAACCUGCGAUAAACACAUUGAGGGAAAUUGAGGCGUUCAUGUCGAAAAAUCCAUUGGAAAUCGUGACAAUAAUUCUCGAAGACUACGUGAAGACACCGAUGGGACUGACAAAGGUUUUCACGGACGCGGAUCUAAUGAAGUACUGGUUUCCCCUGUCCAAAAUGCCGAAAAACGGCGGUGAUUGGCCGCGCGUCGCCGACAUGGUGGCGGGCAAUCAAAGGCUGCUCGUUUUCACUUCUGCAAAAUCCAAGGAAGCCACCGAAGGCAUCGCUCACCAGUGGAAUUACAUGGUCGAAAAUCAAUAUGGGGAUGAUGGAAUGAAGGACAAGUGUUUCAAUAGAGGAGAGUCUUCGGUGCUUAGCGACACCUCGAAAUCGCUGAUUUUGGUCAACUAUUUCAGAUCGGUGCCAAUGAAGCUGCUCGCAUGCGUGGAGAAUUCCGGUGCCCUUGCCGACAUGCUCCACACGUGUCAUGCCGCUGCCGGCAACCGCUGGGCUAAUUUUGUGGCCGUCGACUUUUAUAAGAGGAGUGAGGGAGGAGGAGCAUUUGAAGCGACGGAUUUGUUAAAUGGGGAGCUCUUGUGCGGAUGCAACGACGUCCAUUCUUGUGUUAAUGGUGCAGAAUGUACACGCUCGUGAGUCGUGAGGAACAUGUUAGAAGGUCUCGGAAAUCAAAUCGAUCAACAUGUGGUGAUUAGAUUAAGUGAUAUAUAUCGAAUCGAAACACCAUUGGCUCCAAAUUAUAGAUUUUGAA